CACAGGUAGAAAAGAGUCGUUAUUAUACUCUGCUGGUCGCAGCCAUCUUUAACGUGCCAUACAGGUCUAGUGCAGAGGAAGAACGACUGUUAUAUUCAAAUGUGACACGAAGAAGUGUAUUAAGUUCGUUGAAUUGAAGUGAUCGAGUUCUUGAACGAGCGAGGUCCGGUAGGGUGUACCGAAUACUACCAGGAUGGGUCUUUUAGCGUCCAGUAGGCUUGCCAAGGCGGGUUUGGGACUGUUGUUCCUGGGGAUGGGUUUACAUCUUAUUGGCUUUGCCACGCCGGAGUGGGGGACUUCGGGUAUCAACUACAGGAGAAGUUACUACGCGUCGUUGACUGAGGGUCUUUGGAUGAGGUGCUCACUUAAAGGGUGCAACUACAGAGCCGUGCCCGCGGGAUUCGUUAUUGUGACCGCUGUCUGUGAAAGUCUUGCUUUGCUGACUGUGCUGGCAGGAUUCCUAGUGCAGUGUGUAUAUACCUGCUCGGAUAGUAAGAAAACUAAGUGCAUGACAAUUACUAUCCUCGUUUUAUCGAUCAUCGCUGGACUUUGGAUGUUAAUCGGCAACAUCAUUUGGGUAGCAAGUUUAGAAAACCUCUAUGUGGGCUACUCUUGGACACUGUCCUUCAUAGGGGGUCUCUGCUGCAUUGGUGCUGCCACCUGCGCCGCUUUGGAGGGAAGACAAGUGCCCACCAAAUCUCCGCCACGACCAGAUGAGAGGGUUGAGCGAGAAGACACUGUAUGAGGUCCGAGAGCUGGGAGAGACAUUGUUCUUAUGAAAUAAUAAACUGAAGCAUUUUCACCCAU